GAGGGCAGAAAUGGAAAAAGGAAACAUCCAAUUAUUACAAGAGGAGGAAAAUGCGAAGAGUGGGAUUGGGCCGUGGUCGGAAGAAGAAGACGGGAUACUUAGUGAUUUAGUCAGCAAGUUCGGAGCGAGGAAUUGGAGCUUUUUUACAACAUUUAUCCCCGGCAGAUCCGGUAAAUCUUGUCGUCUCAGAUGGUGUAAUCGCCUCGAUCCUUCCCUUAUGCGCAUCCCCUUUACUGAUGAAGAAGAACGUAUUAUAGCCUCAGCUCACGCGAUUCAUGGGAACAAAUGGGCAUCGAUUGCAAAGCUGUUACCAGGAAGAACUGGUAAUGCUAUUAAGGACCAUUGGAAUUCAUCACUUAGCCGACGGGGUGGCAAUUUCUUUGGGUCGGAGGAGGGUAGUUUAGAUAAAUCAAAUGCAUCAUCAGAAGAAACCCUAUCAUGUGGAGAUGUAAAUUCCUUCAAAAUCAAUCAAGGAGUAUUAGAUGUCACGAGUGUUGGCAAUGUGGAAAAUGAGCGACAUACCCUUCUUCGUCCCAGGGCUGGUGUUAGUGCAUUUAACUUCCAAGAUGGGCUUGUGAGUCCUGUGCCAUUCUCCCCAAAACCUGAUUAUGGUAUAAUAAGCAAGUGCAAGUGGCUUCAAGGUGAACGGUUAGUCCCUCAUAGAUGCGGUCAUGGUUGUUGUGACCUGUCAGCUGAUCAGAUAUCAUUGCUGAGUGGUCCCGAAUUCGUGGAAUAUGCUGACCCGCCAUCUUUUCCAAGCCAUGAACUGGCUGCGUUAGCAACGGACAUAUGUAACAUUGCUUGGCUGAGAAGUGGCUUAGAAAAUGGCAGUGUUGAUCAUUUGGUUGGUAAUAACACAAGGGUAACAGGGACAUUUAACAAGGCUGAUGUGCUUUCUUCUAGGCCUUCAAAUUGGAAUGGCAGCCUUUUGUGCAACUUGCACAUGUGAAAGGAGCUGCUCGGGCUAACAAGGGUAAUGUUUUGGUUUUUCCUUGGCCAUAACUAAUUAAAGGAAAAAUGUGGCGUCUUUUUAGUCAUUAACGAUUGAUAGUAAAAGCUAAGUAGAUGUUUGCAAAGCUAGCUUUAAUGUUGUUGUAACUCAUUGGGUGAAUGAUUUUUGGAUUUGGGACAGAAACGUUAAUUGAUGAUAUCUGAGCUAGAUCAGAUGUUGACUUCA